AUGCUCAGUGUCUCUGCACAGUUCCUCUCCUCCUCCCUCCCUUCAGCUGUGCUCACAAGUCUCCAGCGGGCAGAGAGGACCAGUGUUAUCCCUGAUGGCAUCUGCUGCUGUGUGCCUACAGCUAGCCUGACCACUGGCGUGGAUAUAAAGAGUGGGGUCGUCUCUUAUCAUCUGCAGAUGAUGAUCGCUUAUCUAGCAAGGGGCAACCUGCAGGAUAUCCUCAAUGAAGGCUUCCCCGAGCAACAGCUUCAGGCCUAUGUCGCCUGGGUGAAUUCACAGUUAAAGAAAAAAGCUGAGGUUAAUCCAGUUCAGGACCUGCGUCUUGACCUUCGGGAUGGGGUGGCGCUGGGUCACCUGAUUGAAAUAGUGGCCGGUGAGAAGCUUGAUGGAAUUCAUUGGCAGCCAAGUAGCACACAGGAAAUGAAGGCUAAUGUGGACAAAGUCCUACAAUUUAUGGCUUCUAAAAAGAUCAGGAUGCAUCAAACAACAGCUAAAGAUAUAGUUGAUGGUAAUUUAAAAUCCAUUAUGAGAAUUAUACUGACCCUGGCAGCUCAUUUUAAACCAGUAUCAGGACGAUCCAUCAACCACAAUGUAGUGGGAGCAUCCGGAAAGAGCCAGUCCAUUUGCUCCACCAAUCAUCGCCCUCAGUCCACUACAGCGGUGGCCCAAGGUGCAGCUGCUGCUCUUGCUGAUGUUCGGCUGGACAUGUCACGCUCAGGGCGAGAUGUUUCCCGCUACAGACAGAGGAACGGCAAUGUGGAAGAAGAGAUCGGGAACCCAUAUUGGAGUGUGCGGGCGAUGGUGAAGCAAUAUGAAGGUCAUCAAGGGAGUGCAUCUCCUUCUGAGUCAUCAGGUCUGACAUCCCCAAGCCCUGUGCACAGCUCAAAAUCAGAAGUCAACGAUGGAGCUUAUUGUGAAGAUAAGGCUGAAAUCACAAUCAUCCAGUGUGAAGAGAACCUUUCCAAGAAAGAUGAAUCGUUUAUACCUCCACCUGAAUCCCAACCUAUUAGCCCAGGCAUGUAUCCAGACACAUCAUGGGAGGACCAUCUCCUGGAGCAACAGGAUCACCUAGAGAGGGAAAUGGAGGAAGCCAAGAAAAUGAUAUCUGGCCUGCAGGCAUUGCUGUUAAAUGGAUCGCUUCCCGAAGACGAACAAGAGAGCUUAUUCUCCUUGCGUGAAGACGGGGCGUGCCCAGAAGAACAACUGGUCAUCAUCAAAAGUCGCCUUGACCAGAGUAUGAGUGAGAACCAGUGUCUCAAGAAAGAACUCCAGAACUGCAAACAGGAAAAUCGGAACCUCCAAGCAAUCAAGGAUGCCUUGCAGCAGAGAAUGGCUCAGCAAGAAAGUUCUGUUCUUCAACUGAAGCAGGAGUUGUUGCGGACAAACAUGGACAAAGAUGAACUCCAUAACCAAAAUGUGGAUUUGCAAAGAAAAUUGGAAGAAAGAAAUCAGUUAAAUGGAGAAUAUAAAAAAGAAAUCACACAAAAGGACUGGCUUAUACAGCAGAUGCAGGGGAAACUAGAUGAGGCACAUAGAAAACUCUCGGAAGCCAACUAUCAAAAGGUCAGCAAUUACAUCAGCCACCCAGCACAGACUAAUGGCUUCCUGCAGUCAGCUGGCAAAGGUCCUGCGCGUGACCCUAUACCACAAAGGACCGCCAAUGAUCUGCAACUUGUCCGUGAUGCCCUGCGCAGCCUGAGAAAUGGCUUUAGCGGUCAUGACCCUCAGCAUCACACUAUAGACAGUCUGGAGCAAGGAAUAGCUAGUCUGAUGGACAGACUGCAUGCCAUUGAGACCCAGAAGAGGCAAGACAGGAAGGCAAGAGGAAGGGUAUCUGGAAAUAAAGACUUAAAUGAAUACAGAGACUCCUGGCCCCCCAACUCUAAGAUGCCUCAUUCACAGAGUGCCCCAAUAAUGGGCAGUAGUAAUUCCUGCACCAAAGUGCUAUAUUUUACAGACCGCUCGCUAACACCCUUCAUGGUCACCAUACCAAAGAGGUUAGGGGAGGUCACAUUGAGGGACUUCAAGAUAGCCAUUGACAGGGAGGGAAAUCACAGAUAUCACUUCAAGGCUCUAGAUCCAGAGUUUGGAACAGUCAAAGAAGAGGUGUUCCAUGAUGAUGACAUCAUUCCAGGCUGGGAGGGAAAAAUUGUGGCAUGGGUUGAAGAAGAUCAUGGAACCAACUGAAUAAAUUCCCGUCACUCAUGCAAGGAGUAAAUGUUCUUGGAAACUGACAAAAGACACAUUUGUCAUAUGGUUGUGGAUUAUUCCUCAUGCUGCCAAAAAAAGGUCCCUAUGGGCACCCGAUAACCUUACAGUUUUGCUUAUACAGAAGAAAGCAGUGAUAGCUGCAAUCACACAUUGCUGGAUUUAUACAGAGAGAAUCUCCCACUUGUUCAGGAGAAGACUGGAGGACAGUGCAGUUUACAGGGUAGCUGACUUCCAUUGCUGGAGGAUGUUACAAGCUACUUCCUAUAUAUAUAUUCUUAAGAAGAAAGUUCAGUAUUUUUAAAUGGGACAGGUUGUUUCAUUGAUUUUGGGUGUAUGUGUAUAUUUUAAUUGUAUAUUGAAACCACUAGUCU